AUGGUUGACGAACCGUGGACCGCAAAGCCCCGGAAAUGUUCAGAUGCUCGACGUCGGAUCAGGUCGGGCCCAAAAUAUGCUAGAUAUGGUAGAUCUAUUACCCACCAUUUUAUCAACAGUCACACUCCUGCACCAACGAGGCAAGAAGGGCAAGGAAUAAGAUGGGAUAGUAUGGAUGUAGACGCCCGGUUCCUGUCCUCCAGCCUCACGGGUCGCCAUCACUCACGUGAAAAGGCCGCUAGAGAAGUGGAUGCCAACCAGAUAUGA